UGCCACGUGCCAACGCGUGCAAAAUUAUUCUUAUCCACCUCCGAUGAACAUAUCGACAGCGUACAUCGCCGCAUCAACAAACCGUUUCUCUGGAGCUUCAGAUGUUACUUCUGAAGGAAUAGUGAUAUUUGGAUCGUCCAAUUUGAUUGGUAUCUGGGACAUUAGUAAUGACGAUGAGGGAAUCUCUAUGACUAUCCCAGGGCACAGCGGGGCGAUCACUUGCGUCCGUGUAAUAGACUCCCACUCGUUUGUCAGUGCAGACGAUAAAGGUGAAGCGCGGAUAUGGAAAAAAACAGAAUCUACGUCCCAGUGGACCUCAUUCGCAAAAUUUUCUGCUCACAAGCAAGCGAUAUCCGCGCUCGCUGUUUUAGACGACUGGAUUGCGACAGGUUCUUCCGACGCAACUGUGAAACUUUGGAAAUUGCCUCAAGAUGGCACGGCUGUAGAAAAUCUACAGACGAUCUCUCUGUCUGGACGGUAUCCACUCGCUUUAGCCUUUGCACGCCUACCUCAGUCAAAUAGUCUUGUUCUUGCCAUAGGAGGCACGGAUAAGAAUAUACAGCUAUGGACACGUUCUGAGACCACGUUUGUUCAAUCUGCAGUACUGGGGGGGCACGAAGAUUGGGUCCGUGGGCUUGCAUUUUGCCCUCCAGAGGCAGAAGGGCCGCUUAUUCUUGCAUCUGGUUCGCAAGACGCGACUAUCAGGUUGUGGAAUAUCGAGGUAUACAAGAAGGAAAUGAUCUCUCGACCUCAAGAGGGUCUGAGCGAUGAUUUACUCGACGCAUUUGAGGAAUCAUUAGGAGAUUUUGGGAUUGCCGAUGAAGGGGGAAGACAAAUCUCUCUCAAACGACAUAUCUUGUCUGUAAAAUCUAAUCAAGAACACUUCAUCUUCUCUGUGACCUUUGACGCUCUUCUCGUUGGACAUGAGGCAGGAGUAACAUCAAUUUCAUGGCGCCCGUCAAACUCAACGCAAUCUACACUGACACUUCUCUCCACGUCAACCGAUUCCUCUCUCAUACUCUGGUCCCCAGCGACAAUCUUGACGGAUCCUGAAAACCGUACGAGCUCGAGCACAAUUUGGAUCAAUAGACAGAGGUAUGGUGACAUUGGUGGCCAAAGAUUGGGAGGUUUCGUCGGAGGUGUUUGGAGGCUCGAUGGUGACGAGGUACUGGCGUGGGGUUGGUCUGGUGGUUGGCGAAGGUGGCGCCGUAAGCCUUCUGCCACAGAUGACGAUGAAGUCUGGGAGGAGGGAGGAGCUAUCGGGGGUCAUCGCGGACCUGUCAAAAGCGUGGACUGGAGUUCCACCGGCACAUUCUUGAUUUCUUCGGGAAUUGACCAAACAACUCGAAUACAUGGUGCAGUCCCACAAGUCAACGGACCUGCUACUUGGUAUGAACUUGGCCGACCUCAAGUUCAUGGAUAUGACAUACUUGGAAGUGUUUUCCUCAAAGAACUCAAAUUUGCCAGUAUCGCAGACGAGAAAGUACUUCGAAUCUUCGAAGCUCCUCGCCGAUUUGUAGAUCUGAUGGAAAUCCUACAUGUAUCCCAAUUUUCCGAAAACGAGAAAAACAGACCCAUGGGAGCAAGCGUCCCUCCUCUCGGUCUCUCAAAUAAAGCUGAUGCUGAUGGUGCUGUCACUGUUGCUGCGCCAGAAUUCCGACGCCCGUUUGAAGGGGAACUAGCCUCCGUAACGCUCUGGCCUGAGGUCGAGAAGGUUUUUGGACAUGGUUAUGAGUCUAUUGCUCUAGCUACUUCUAGCUCGCGGCAAUACAUCGCAAGUGCAUGUAAAGCAUUAUCACCAGAACACGCUGUAGUCCGUAUCCAUGACACAACGACUUAUCAGCCCGUGGGCGAACCUCUGACAGGUCAUUCGCUGACAGUAACGCAAAUCGCGUUCAGCCCAGAUGACCAAUUGAUCCUGACGGUUUCUCGAGACCGUUCUUGGAGGUUGUAUCAAAAAUCAGAGGGAGGAGGUUAUAUACCUAUGGUCCAUGAAAGUAAACCUCACGGUAGAAUCAUUUGGGAUUGUGCAUGGGCACCAGAAGGUGAUAUUUUUGCCACUGCCUCGCGCGAUAAAACCGUAAAAAUAUGGGGGAAGGAUAACGCGGACAACUGGCCUUGCGUCGCUACUCUCAAGAUGGAUGAAUCCGCUACCGCGGUAAAUUUCACCGCCUUUGACAGUCAACCCAAACGGUAUCUCGCUGUCGGACUUGAGAAUGGAAAAAUUUUGUUUUAUUCCAGCAGUAAGUUGGAGCCAAUAUGGACACUCGAAAUGACACAUUCCGGGCAUGUAGGCCAAAUCAACUGCUUGCGUUGGCGUCCUGGGUCAGGAGAGCAAUUUAGAGAGAUAGCAAGUUGUAGUGAAGAUGGUACACUGAAAAUAUCGAUUGUCCAGAUUGUUUAAACAUCGAUCCAGAUAUAAAUGAAAUGAGACAGAGGAAAGAGCUGCUAUACAGUGUGAGAGGUUUAAGGAAACACCAAAACAAUAUUCAGUAACGAGACAAUUCGGAGGGUGCGAAGGGUAUCGGAAUGCGAGGUGUAAAAAAUAUAGAACUAACAAGCAGAGAAAGCUAGGGGUGUGCAAUAGGGAUACAUGAACAAUUGCAAGGUCAUCAUAUUAAAUAAGAUCACGUAGACUCAUAGGGACUUCAGG